UCUCCCCUCCUGUGUAAAUGAGCCGCGCCGGUAUAAAUAAAGCCAUAAAGUGUUAGGCUAUACAUACAGACAUCCAGAAUUCCGAUCUUGUAGCAUUCACCUCGGGCAGCAGCGCAGCAGAAGAACAAAAUGUCCAAGCUUUCCAAAGAAGAGAUUGAAGAGGCCAAGGAAGUGUUCGAACUUUUUGACUUCUGGGACGGUCGUGACGCAGAAGUCGACGCCUCAAAGAUUGGUGAUGUCAUCAGAUGUGUAGGACUCAACCCAACUCUUGAAAUCGUCAGAAAGAAUGGCGGAACCGAUAAAAUGGGUGAGAAGUCAUACAAAUUUGAGGAGUUUUUGCCAAUCCAUGAGACAAUCAUGAACACCUUGGAACAAGGAACAUUUGCCGACUACAUGGAGGCAUUUAAGACUUUCGACAGGGAGGGCCAAGGCUACAUCUCCGGGGCUGAGCUUAGACAUCUUCUCUCCUCACUUGGUGAACGACUGACUGAUGACCAGGUGGAUGAAAUCAUCAGAAACACUGACCUUCAAGAAGAUUUGGAGGGCAACGUCAAGUACGAAGAGUUCAUCAAGAAGGUGAUGGCCGGUCCAUACCCCGACUAAACUAUUUGAUGGAAUCUACGAACACGACACACAUUGACAAGAACACAUCACACAAACUUAUGUAAAAAAAAUCUCCGUCUACAAAAUAAAAAAAAAAAUCCACAUUUGCAACAGUGUACAUUUACAUGUGAAAGUUACACGUCUCAUUAAACAACGUCACGAGAUGACGAGGUUCCACGUCUUGCUGCUGCAGUUUAGCGACAUUUUGAAGAAAAACACCACCAUCUUGUUCUUUUUAAUUUUCGAACAUGCGCACUUGUUCAACACUGGAUUACCACCUGGAAUGCUAUGAUUAAAACAAAGAAAUAACAAUAUCGCGUGGGGCCUCUUCGUUAUUAGUGACUUUGCCGUGUUUACUUGUAAUAUUAAUGUUUACGACACAUCAAGUUCAGUCUUAACCGGUACCGGUUGAUUGCUUCAUCAAAACCUGGUAGUGACAUCAUUGGGUCUCAUGACCCGUUAUGUACAGUUAUGCUCGAAAGUUGGUAUAAAUGAGAUGAGGUCGGAAUGGAUAUCCCUUUUGCAUCCUCUGCAGAGUGUAUAGUGCAGUAUUUAUUAUUUUUCCCAAUAAAGCUGUUUUUAUCUUUA